UAAGUAGUCCUGGGCUAAAACUGCAACCCAGCAGCAAACAGCAGCAAUUCAUCUCCUGCCUUUUCUUCACUCUCUCUCUCUCUCUCUCUAUCUCUCAUGCCAUACCCAAACCUUCCAAACAGGCUACAUAAAUGCUUUUUACACUACACACAAACAGACCCUCUCUCUCUCUCUCUCUCUCUCUAAGAAUGACCCAGCUGGACCAAAAUUUGUACAGAAGGAAAAAAAGAAGAAAAGAAGAUAGAAUUGGAAGGACGGGAAGAAGGAAAGAUAGAUAUGUCUUCUAUUGUCCUCCGACCACAGCUCUCUCCCAAAGACAAACUCUACUUACCAUAAAUGCCCUUCUGCGAAUCCCAUCUUCUUCACUCGUUCCUCCCCCUCUAUCUCCAAUCUUCACGGGCCUUUUUGGGUUCUUACAUUCAAGGACUCCGCGGAAAGGGAGCCAAACCAAGAUACACAGAGCCAUCUCUCUCUAAAAUUACCUUUUUAUUGUUAUUAUUGUUUCGUUUGGUCUCCAAGUUUUGGUCUUGGAAUUGUGGUUUUGGUGGGUUCUCAUCAAUCUUCAGUCUUGACCUUUAUAUCUCUAAAAGUCCCAAUUCGAAUAGGAUUCGUCUAUUCCCUGACUACCGGUUUUAGGAUCGUAUUUAAAGACGCAAUUCUGGAGUAAAGGGCGAAAGGGGUUUUCAUUUGUAUUCAUUGGGAGUGCAAUGUUGAAAACUAAGAUGAAAAGGGUCGUCUCUAUGGAUCCUUAUCAAUCUCGUCCUAUCAAUGAAGAGGCUAGGGUUAACCUAAAAUAUCAAAUUUUAUUGCAGGAGUAUUUGGAACUGCAAAAGGAAUUCAUUUCAAAGAAGAGAAGAUUGCAGAAUGCAACAGUGAAUAGAGAAACCCUUUUGGCUGAAGUCCGAUUUUUAAGAAAAAAGCAUAAAUAUUUAUUGAAGGUACAAUCGCCCAAAGGUGAACAAGAAUUUGUACAGCGAAAAAACUCAGAUAUAUGUUUCUAUAAUGUUGGUGAAGCUGUUCCAAAACAUCAAUCUCCACAGUUCUGGAAUGAUGGAGAACGGAGCCUGGAUUGUGGAGAAGCGGCCAAAGUUGUUGGGAAGAAGAAAUAAU